AUGGUCUACGAUGUCGACGAAGGGGAAGAUGUUCCCUGUACGCUCUAUUCAACCAGUAGAAGCAAUGCUCGCCCGCCGUUACUCACGCGAAUCUGCCGUGAGUCGCGCAGAGUUGCCUUUGCUGCAGGAAAAUGGGUUUCGAAGCUGGAAUGGCGAGGAGCAGGCAGUUUUGACGGGCCGCGCGAAGCUGAUUGGAAGACCGGCAACGUUAUAGACCGAGGUUUCUGGGAGGAUGCUUCCCGCGACUCUACGCAUAUGAUGUGGACCUCAAUCUAUGACAUAGACUUUGGCCCUAUGAUACCUGGUCACCCUUUGACUACUUUGGCCCAGGAAGCGAAGCGUCUGAAUAGAUCAGCAUCUUUCAUGCUAGACGAAAUGACUAUUGGUAUAGGGGAGGGGGAGCCCUUUGACGAUCCUAUACCUCAGUUGUUUGAAAGAAUACCCUUGGACAAAGGCAAGCCGGAUGACCUAGCGGCACUGAAGCUACUGCCAGAAUGGAUGGUAGUUGUGAGAGUGGUCGUUAUACACCUCGACCUUAGACGAGCUGCCGACAGCGGUCUGUUUGGGCUGUUGGGGGACGAAAUUAUACAAGUGGUGGAAGCCACUCUGCCGUUGGUCGAGCAGUUGUAUGCGCUGGCCGAGCAUUGUGAACGUGGAGCUUCCGCCGUCACCUGUGCUCAGGACUUCACUCGAAUGUCUGCAGACGACAUGGACGCCAUGGUGAAGCGUGUAGCAUUCAAAGUUUUCCACGACUCCGAGAUAGGCAAGCGUCUGCGGCCAGCAAUCAUGUUUAGGCUGUGUACACAAAUGUGUAAUCACAUCAACACGCCGAAACAGGAGGAGCAAAAUGUCUAG